GCGUGGCGAGGCGUGGCGGUGCCGCAGCGCCGUUGCGGGCGGGGCGCCGGUGCCGCCAUGUCGGAGCGUGGGGCCGCGGGCCCGGGCCCGGCCGCCAUCCAGGUCUCCAGGAUCAUGCGGCCGGAUGAUGCCAAUGUCGUGGGGAAUGUCCAUGGGGGAACCAUCCUGAAGAUGAUUGAGGAGGCAGGAGCCAUCAUCAGCACCCGCCACUGCAACUCCCAGGCUGGGGAGCCCUGUGUGGCCGCGCUGGCGCGGGUGGAGCGGACGGACUUCCUCUCCCCAGUGUGCAUCGGUGAGGUGGCCAACGUCAGCGCUGAGAUCACCUACACCUCCCGGCACUCUGUGGAGGUCCAGGUCAACGUCAUGUCCGAAAACAUUUUAACAGGGGCGAAGAAGGUGACAAACAAGGCAACGCUGUGGUAUGUGCCACUGUCCCUGAAGAAUGUGAACAAGGUCCUUGAGGUUCCCCCCAUCCAGUAUGCGAGAAAGGAGCAGGAGGAUGAGGGGAAGAAGCGAUAUGAGGAGCAAAAGCUGGAUCGGCUGGAAACCAAGCAGAGAAACGGCGACAUGAUCUUCCCUGUCAUCAACCCAGAUAGGCAGACAAAAGAGCCACACACGGUUGGCUACAGCCAGUCCAGCCUGAUCCACCUAGUGGGACCAUCGGAUUGCACGCUGCUGGGCUUCGUGCAUGGAGGUGUCACCAUGAAGCUCAUGGAUGAGGUCGCUGGGAUUGUGGCUGCCCGCCACUGCAAGACCAACAUCGUCACUGCCUCAGUGGAUGCCAUCAACUUCCAUGAGAAGAUCAAAAAAGGCAGUGUCAUCACCAUCUCAGGACGCAUGACCUUCACGAGCAAUAAAUCCAUGGAAAUCGAAGUCUUUGUAGAUGCUGACCCAUUCGUGGACGAGCCUCGGGAGCGGUACCGUGCUGUCAGCGCCUUCUUCACCUACGUCUCCCUGAGCAAGGAGGGGAAGCCUCUUCCUGUCCCACAGUUGCUGACAGAGACAGAGGAUGAGAAGCGGCGCUUCGAGGAAGGGAAGGGCAGGUACCUCCAGACGAAAGCCAAGUGGCAGGCGCAGAUGCAGCAGGCUGCCCAGCAGUGAUCCCAGCCUGUGCCGCCCCGUGCUCUUGCAGCCUUUGCCCGCCAAACGUCCAGGUUCCCGUUAGUGUCGUGUCCGGUCUGCGCCGGGCCUCGCGCC